AUGACUGGGAAUGGACAGGUGGUUUUGAGAAGUUACCAGAAUGGUGUUUCAAGCAUCCCUAAUGUUCCACUGACCUCAACAUUCCCUUACCGCUCUGCUAAUGGCGCUGCAUGUUUUGUUUGUGAAGUCGACGGAGAAGUUCGUGGAACAUUGCCUAAGCGUUAUCGCUGCCUUCGCUGCCCAGCCGUUGCAUUUGAAGAACUCGGCCCAAAACUUAUUGAGCACAUGGGGGGUCAUAUUUUAUUUGAUCAGAACUUACGAGACAAGCACAAUGUCUGUGGCUUGUGUCUCAGCAUUGGGUUAUGCGAGAUUCGGCUUGCGAGAGGCGCUGGAGGUUCUGAAGUUGUCGACAUCAGUCGCUCGCACUGCCCAAAUCUAUUCAAGAUCAAGUUGAAGAAUGCACGCAAGUCAACAAAGCACUCGCCUUGUACAAACACCCCGCUUCAUUGCCCGUAUUGCGACAGUAAUGCUGCUCCAGUCUGGAAAUACUCGCUGUCACGUCACAUCGAUAUCCUGCACCCAUCAGCGAAUAAGGCACGGUUCGAAGAAUUGUGGAGAGUUGACGACGAAGAGAGCACACAAAUAUCAACAAAAUUCAAAAUGAAGGCUCGGAAACGAAAGCAAAUGACAGCAACAUCGAUGCUGCGCAUUUCCGAAGAGCACAGUUCAAGAGUGGCAUUACGACAACAACAGACAACGGAUCACUACACCACUGAGUCUGUGGCUGACUCUGAAUCAGCACAAACAUCUCUCGCUCAAUCAUCAUCUGCCAUAUUACUUGGUAAACGUCUGCGAGGUUUGUCUGAUGCGAGUGAUAGUCAAGACGUACCUUCUGCGCCAAAACCUCGUCUCACCAUCAAGAUUCGUCCCUCAGCAGCACGCCUCAGCUCGGUUCAAGUGAAGAAUCGUGUCAUUCCAGACUCGGAUGCAGACACUCAGCCUGAUGACCCAUUGCAAGAUGAAUUUUGCUGGUGUCGAGGGCCGGAGUCCGGAGAAAUGUUUCAUUUUGAAUGUGUUGGUUUGCUUGAUGCUCCAGAGGCAGAUUGGUUCUGCAGUGACAUGUGCAGGAGCAACACCAGCUCUCAGAAGAAGACAAAGUGAUGUUUUUUAAAUCUAAAAGUCGUAUAUACGAUGCCUAGGAUGUUUGGCAAUACAU